AUGACUGUUGCAGCAAGUAAGAAAGAUGAAAGACCCCGCGAAGGUGCGGAUAGCUGGAAGCACAAGCCGGUAUCGGAACAGUCGAUGAUCGAAUAUCUGCUCAUAAAGAGAAAUAUACUGAUACCAAGCGCGGAUGAGUUUAAAUACCCCAAGCCGACCGGAAAGGUGCCAGUCAACUUGGAAUGGGAGCAGCAGAAGCGCCUGUUUCCAGUCGCCAUUUUGCCUAUUCUCGCGCGGUGGCUAUUUAUGAAGACAACAGGGUAUUCGGUUAACCCGAUUGUUCUGUACCUACUUACUAUUGUGUACAACCAAUUAUUUGUUCGGCGGCAUUACAAGUACCUUAUUUCGCUGAGCAAAAAGCAUGGAUUCUUGGAUGGUGAAGUGGGUCGCGACGCGCUUCCUGAAAACAUGACGUGGAAGGUUUUUCGUGAGUUUGCGCAAGGCGCGUUGGUGCGCCCGCUCAUGGUGUUUGUUCUCGCGUACAACCGGUAUGAGCUGCCUCACCUGUCCCUCUGGCUCCCCGUUCAGCUUGCAAUCUUUACGUUGAUUGCAGACUUUGUGUAUUAUUGGGCCCAUCGUGCAACGCAUGAGGUUACUUCUCUCUGGAGGUAUCACCAACGCCACCACACGACCAAGCACCCUGUCGCAUAUCUGCUUGGCUUUGCGGAUGAACCGCAAGAGGUUUUCGAUGCGCUUGUGUCGCCGGUGCUUGCCUUCUUGAUGUAUCCACUUGGAUUUGAUGCAUUGUAUAUGUGGUCGCUGUACUUUAACAGCGUCGAGAUUAUGGGACACGCUGGCAUACGCGCGUACAUGCCCGCGAUUCUCACUUCGCCACUGCUGCGCCCCUUUGGGCUCGAAUUGGUAUUGGAGGACCACGAUUUGCACCAUCGGUUUGGCUGGCGCGAUAGCUACAAUUAUGGUAAACAGUCCAUGUUUUGGGACAACAUUUUUGGAACUAUGGGCGAACGCGUGGAAACCGCCGAGGCAAACGUGGACUACAGCCUCACCGUGUGA